AUGCCCACGUCGCGGCCUCCGCCGCUGCCUUCGCCAGCUCCGCCGUCGCGCACAAAGCCCGUAUCGACACGCAAGUUACUGCAAUGUUGGCUAGCCUGCGCGACAGCCGCGCGUGCCGUGGCCGGGAAGGGAACAGCUGAUAAAGUUCCACGCGUCGUCUCCGGGGCGGUUGUGGCGGACGCGCGGGGGUCUGCGGACAAAGGGCCGCCGCCGCCGACCUUGGCGCGGCAGGCGAUCAGCUGGCGGGGCGGCGGGCGGCGGCGGCGGCGGCGAAGCGGGGCCGCAGGGGCACCUGCUCCCCCGUCUGUGUCAGCUUGCAAUACCACUGUUGCCGACUCUGCUCCGCCGUGUUCAUUCAACCUGGCGACCAUCCAAGAGACGAGACAAAAAAACCAGCCGCCGAGAAGACAGCGCCGACGAAAUAUCGCCCAUGAAAAGACGCAGCAGCGACAAGGGGCGGGGGAGCGUCCAGUGACAGGGUCACGGACCAGGCGCGCCUUCGCAUUCUGCGCGGGGCGGUCUGCUCCAGAAGAGGCGCCGCGUGGGUUUGGCAGGCGGCGGCGUCUUUCGAGAUGUACCAUGGAAAGCUAGUUAAAAGCUUCGAUUUUCGUUCGUUAGCUCGUCAAUCACACGUGUAAAAGACAUUAACAGUGUUUCUGCGUUAUUGGAGAGUAUUAUAGUAUUACCGACUAGUCUUGCAAGAAUUAUUACUAGACCGAAGAACUUUAACCGAAACGAAUAAAGUGGACAUUCUUUUUGAAGUGCUUAAGAGAGACGCACGGAAUAAUAUAACUUGUGCCACGAUUUCGUUGUUUUUGUCAAUCACAGACAGGUGUUUUUAAAUUUGGAAGAGUCUCACAAUUGCGGAUUUUUCAUUGGGCUACCUUGGGCUUAAUGCUCUGCAAUCCACCUAACUUUAAACGCCGAUGAUUUUUCUAUAUUUUCACAGUCGUUAUAAAAGCGUUUCUAUCUGAUAUCGGCUUGAUCGAUAUGAUUCUUUUUCAGGAGAUUUGCGACGUUUCCUUUCUGAUUAUGGAUGCAUAGAGGAUAAAGUAUAAAUAAUACAAGCGUAUUUUAUUUCAGAGAAGGCAAAUGCACACGUAAGGCCAAGAAAAAAAAACAUGAUAAACCUAGUUUACGAACCCUAUCUUACCCAAUGAGAAUGAACCUGUCAUACCCCGAAGGAAAUGGAACGGCUAAUUCGUACGUCAGGGGAUAUUGCAUAAGUAUACAACGUACAGAGUUUGUGCAAUGCAUUUCAUGCCACGCGAGCAUUAAUUUUUAUGUCAAAAGAAUCUGAAAAUUCGACGCUUUACAACGCAUUUCAGUUGGAGUCUGUUCCAUUCCAACGCUCGAUUUUUUAAAGGAUUUUUUAAUAGUACAGAAUAAAGCUUGUAUUUUACUUACGAAGCUUUCAAUAUUGUGGUAAUGCUUAACUCUGUCUCGAUUUUAUCGCGAAUGGAAAACUUAUUUUCUUUACACGAAUAGCUUUUAAAAUUGCCACA